UUUUUUCCCCAAUUUCCCCCAAUUUUCCCCCAAAUUUCCCUCCAUUUUUUCCAUCAAAAAUUCCAAUUUUUUCCCCAUUUUCCCCCAAUUUUCCCCCAUCCCUGUUCCCCCACAUAUGACCUUCCCAUGUAUUCCCACACGUAUGACCGCGCCCUACGCGUCACGUAUGACCGUUCCGUGUUCCCCCAGCCCCCUCCGCCAUGUUGGUGAAGGACGAAUACUCCCACGACUACGAGGCCCAACCUUCGCUCUCCUCGGCCGAGGCCGUUUCGGCGCCGACCAUCCAACACCCGCCCGCCAACCGCGGCGCCGCCGCCGCCGAACCCUUCGGCGCCGCCCCGGCGCUGCUGCCGCCCGCCGAGGCCGCCACCACUGGCACCACCAACUUCCCCAACAUCCCCGUGGCCUCCACCAACACCACCACCAGCUGGACGGCCAAUCGGACGGCGGCGUUCGCUCCGGGGGUUCCUCAUCACCAGAACGGGCACCUGCAGCACCACCCCCCGAUGCACCCCGGCCACUACUGGCCAGUUCACAACGAACUCGCAUUUCAGCCGCCGAUAUCGAAUCAUCCCGCGCCGGAGUACUGGUGCUCCAUCGCCUACUUCGAGAUGGACGUUCAGGUGGGUGAGACCUUCAAGGUCCCCUCCAGUUGUCCCGUGGUCACCGUGGACGGUUACGUGGAUCCAUCCGGCGGGGACCGGUUCUGCCUGGGGCAGCUCUCCAACGUGCACCGGACGGAGGCCAUCGAGAGAGUCAGGUUGCACAUCGGGAAGGGAGUGCAGUUGGAGUGUAAAGGCGAAGGGGACGUUUGGGUUCGCUGCCUGAGCGACCACGCCGUGUUCGUGCAGAGUUAUUACCUGGACAGGGAGGCCGGGAGAGCGCCGGGAGACGCCGUGCACAAGAUUUACCCCAGCGCCUACAUCAAGGUGUUCGACCUGCGGCAGUGCCACCGGCAGAUGCAGCAGCAGGCCGCCACCGCUCAGGCCGCAGCCGCCGCUCAGGCCGCGGCCGUGGCCGGGAACAUCCCCGGGCCCGGAUCCGUGGGAGGCAUCGCCCCGGCCAUCAGCCUCUCAGCCGCCGCGGGCAUCGGUGUGGACGACCUGCGGCGUCUCUGCAUCCUCCGGCUGAGCUUCGUCAAGGGCUGGGGGCCCGACUACCCCCGGCAGAGCAUCAAGGAGACGCCAUGUUGGAUCGAGAUCCACCUGCACCGCGCGCUGCAGCUGCUGGACGAGGUGCUGCACACCAUGCCCAUCGCCGAGCCCCAGCCGCUGGAUUGAUCCUCAUUUCUGGUUCCGGUGACAUUUCCGGUUCCAUUUCCGGUUCGACUUCCGGGUUCCGGCGCCAUUUCCGGUUCUACUUCCGAGUUCUGACGCCAUUUUCUGUUCCACUUCUGGUUCCCUCCGGCUCACAGACGACAUUUUGGACACUAUGGCCCAUCGCCGAGCCCCAACCGUUGGAUUGAAACCCGCUUUCGGUUGUACUUCCGGUUCCGGCGUCACUCCCGGUUCAAUUUCCGGUUCUACUUCCGGUUGUACUUCCGGUUCUACUUCCGGUUCAAGCGCCAUUCCCGGUUCACCUUCCGGUCCCGUUUCCCUCUGGCUCGUGGACAAUGUUUUGCCCAUCGCUGAGCCGCAGCAUUUGGAUUGAGACACACUUCCGGUUCCACUUCUGGUCCUACUUCCAGUUCCGACGCCACUUUCGAUUCCAGUUCUGGUUCCUUUCAACUUAUGGAGAAGGUCAUGUGCACUGUGACCAUGGAUUGAUUAACAUCACCACUUCCGAUUCCACUUCCGGUUCCACUUCCGGUUCUACUUCCGGUUCUACUUCCGGUUCCGGCGCCAUUUUCAGUUCGAUUUCCAGUUCUACUUCUGGUUCCGGCCCCGUUUCCGGUUUCCUCCAGCUCCUGGAUGAGGACUUGCAAACUGUGUCCAUGGAUUGAUCGAGGCCGCCACUUCCGGGUCUGCUUCCGGUUCAGUUUCCGGCUCCACUUCCGGUUCCGACGCUAUUUCCGGUUUCUCUUCCGGUUCCACUUCCGGUUCCUGGACGAGGUGCUGCACACCAUGCCCAUCGCUGAGCCCCAACCCUUGGAG